CCCCGCCUCGCACCUGAGCUCACUUUACAAGUCUUCAUCAGCAGAAGAGGUACCUCGGAACAUAUGAGCUGAUGUGCAAGCUGUAGCACGAGCCUGAACUCAGCUCCUCGCGGCGUGCAUCACACUUCAAGGCUCGCCUUCGAUUUCGAACUCGAGCGAAGGCAUGUAAGAUGACAUUUCCGCAACUACCAAGCCCUGUAGGAGGGCCAUCCUCAUACAUCACCCGCUCUGAUCUGCCGCCAGUCCCAUCACAGUCGAGAGAGCGCUUCUUCCCGCCUCCGUUUCGCAUCGAUCGGACAGACGAAGAUCUAGAGACCUCGGAUGCGGAGUCACUGGCAGGGCCUUCCUCCCGGGUCGCCCUGCCCAUCAAGGCAGGCUCCCCUACGAUUCAUCGUUCUGCGCCCUACUUGAACGAAUCAGGACCGAGUCACAUCCUUCCUCACCAGCCACAGCGCUCUUCGCCCCUCCGUCCGCCACCAAAGAAGAGGCGGAAGCUCCUCUUCACCUCGCAGCUCCCUCCAUCCCAAGCGGAGAAUGAGGAUGGCACGCCCUCGGUUGAACAUAUGCGCUAUCGGUCUACCAUGAGGCUAAAGCUCAAGUGGGACGAGAUUUACGAACGCUUCAAAGACGCUCAUCUGCAAACUCAGGAUGAAAUAUACCUAGGGCGUGGGAAACAGAAGAUGAGGCUGAUAAAGGACAAUGGAGUCAUACGAGCUUUCAAAGAGGAGCUCGCUUUUGGCAGCUUCCACAUCAAGGACGAAGAUCUGGACGACGUCGCCAGAGAGCUCAAAAUAGCGGCUGGCGAGGACGUUGAUGCCGAAGUCUACACUGAAGACGAGACAAAAAGAAAAAAGGGCGCAGAAUUAGCAUUGGACAGCGAUGAGGAUGAGCUCGGGGUGUGGGACGAAGCCUUUGUCCGGAGUCAGUAUCGCGAAUUUACCGCUGCGCCAGAAGGGCCAGAGGAUAGAGGGGAGUCGUCGGAAGAGGAAGAGGAGCUCGAUCCAGCUACCAUGGAUCCUGAUCUGCGAGCUUUCCUGCAAGAGGAAGCACAUAGGAAGGAGCUCAUGGGCGAUGAGGAAGGAAGCGACGACGAGGAGUCGGUGAUAGACUUUAGGGAAGCAAGGUGGGACAGGAUGAGGGGUACUACGCCUACUUCCUCGGAGGAUAGCACGGAUGAGGAUGAGGACGGAGAGGAGGACGCAGAUGACCCUCCAGGCUCUAUCGCACAUCGGGAGCGAGCUACUCUCUAUCUUUCGCAACCUGGACAAUACGACACCUCGGACGACGAUCUGGAUGUUCUCGAUCAAGACGAGGGCGUAUUGAUUCCUCACGACGAGGCAUCGGCUGCUAGACAGAGACGAGGACCUCUCUUCCCACACGGAGAUUGGGAUACUCAAGGUGGACAAGGAGGCAUCUUGACGCCCGAUGAGGAUGCAUUGAGCCAAGCUAUCAUUCGAGGAAGAAGGAACGUCGAAGCCCUUCUGUCAGACACCACGAGCGCGUCCGUCUCUAUGCCUCACGAUGAAGUGCCUGAUCUGGUGGAGAUCUUCGGCAUGACGGCUCUGUCACCCAGCUUCGCCAAGACAGAGAGGAUGUCUUCCCCAGCUGGAGAGCCUUCACAACCUCAAGGCGAUGGUGAUCGAGCGAAAGCGAGAACUCCCGAAACCACAAGGAUCGUUGCCACCUCACCUUGCGCUCGUCAAACAUCUUCAGAAGGAGACAUUGGCAGUCUUGAUGGUCAAGCACAGACGGCUCUGGUGCAUGGUGAUCUUAUAUGUCCCAUCGAGACGGGCUCAGAUGCCGAACGGGCCGCAGACCAAUCGCUGUCAGAUGGCUUGCACACCCCACCAGGAUCGCCUCCACUGCGUACAUCAGCAGCAAACAUCCAAGCGGAUCAUCUGUUCAUGCAGCCUUCUCACAGUUCAGCAUCGCCAUCCAAAGAAGCAAAGGUGACCUCCCGGAGCUACUCUCCGCCUUCCAGCCGCCAUUAUGGCCAUUCUCACGGGCAAUUUCCACAUCGUCUCGAGCAGCAGCAACGAGUAGCCUACUCGUCCCCAAUCACAGCUCGCCGUCCACAGACGGCCUUCAGCCUGGCCGAUGGAUCUCCCUCGGCUGCUACCGCGGCGGGCUUCUCGGCCGAGCUGGCUGGUGGGUCACCUCGAGCGAGAGAAGCGGGCACUACUUUGGCUUUUUGAAACCUGCACGAAUCCACGAUUGAGUAUCUCAUCACCAUUUCCCCUAUUCCCUCCCUCGCCCCUUCUCACGAACAUCUUGACGCUUCUGCGUCCCAUCCUUCAUGUUUCUGUAUGUACACGACUCUCUCCAUUGCCAUCUCUUCUGCCUCUUCUAGCAGAUACAAUACUACUGCACAUUCCCUACAAAGCUACUUUGAUCCGCCGCGUGGGCCCAAUCAGGCAAGCAUCGCCUGUCUCUCCGGCUCCCUCUCCCUCUCCCUCUGCU